AUGGAUCAACAGCAACAACAAGGUGAUAAGAAUCUGACUGUGUUCGUAGGACCAUGGGGAGGAAAUGGAGGAACCGCUUGGGACGAUGGGAUCUAUCAUGGUGUCCGCGAGAUCAAACUUGUAUAUGAUCACUGCAUUGACUCCAUCUCCGUGGUCUACGAUAAGAAUGGUAAACCUGUAAGAUCAGUGAAGCAUGGAGGUCAAGGAGGCAACAAAACAUCAGAGGCAUGUUCCUCUCUCACUCUGAAUUCUGUCUCUCUUUCCUCUCUGACUUUGAUAAAGCUGCAAUACCCAGAUGAGUAUCUGAUUGGCGUGAAUGGCUACUACUGUCCGGUGGUUCACAGUGGCACUCCUGUGAUCAGAUCAAUGACUUUCAAGAGCAAUAAAGAAGUGUAUGGACCUUAUGGAAUUGAACAAGGAACACCCUUCACUUUCUCAGUCAAUGGAGGACGAAUUGUUGGCAUGAACGGUAGGAGCGGCUGGUACCUUGACUCAAUCGGUUUCCAUCUAUCACGCCCGAAAUCAACCAAGAUGGUCCACAAGCUUCGAAAGAAGAUCCACUGGCUCACAAGAAUAGUAGCAUGA